CUGUGGUCAAGGUCUGUGGUUCACACUUCACUUCACUGUAAUCACACUGUAAUUUUUAAAUUUUAAUUCAUUUUUAAUUAAUUUUUAAUUUAUUCGGAAUAUUACCGUGUGUAGGUCGCAAUUAAAAUACAUCAACAUGCCAUCAAUUGCUGGAACUUAUCAACACUAUAAGAAUGAAAAUAUUGAUGAAUAUUUUAGUGUAGUGGGUGUGCCAUACAUGGGGAGAAAAAUGAUGGGUUUAUCAUCACCUCAGAUGGUAAUAUCUGUGGAUGGCGAUCAAAUGACAAUUAAAACAGCAUCUAUGAUGAGGAAAACGGAGUAUACAUUUAAGCUAGGUGAAGAAUAUGAAGAACAAAUGCCUAAUACUAUUAUCAAGAGUGUAACAAAAAUACAGAAUGACAAUGAAGUGAUUACUGACUCGGUGAUUCCUGACUCAGGGGAAAAAUGUGGACGCCAAUACCUCUUCACUGAUGAUGAGUGUGUGAUUACACUGACUCAUGACAAAGCUAAGGUUCCCGCUAAAAGGUACUUCAAAAGAGUAACUUCGUAAAAGUGUUAUCUUUAUAUACAUAUUAUUAUAAUAUUAUAAGAGUUUACUUACAUUCUGUACUUUUUAUCUGUAUGUGAUAUUAUAAGUUGGACUGUUGGAGAUUAUUUUAUUAUUAUCUCGGUUAGACUGAUAUUUUUUUACAUCUUUUAUAUUAUUUUUUAAAAAUAUACUAUAUAUUUAUUAAUAAAGUUUAUUUAUAAAGUUU